AUGAAGGAUAUCGCUAGCAAGGGAAAUCUAUUGCACAAGGACACCAUCUACAAGGAUGUGGUCAUUAUUGGCAAUGGACCGAGCGGUAUAUCACUGUCGUACAUGCUGGCCGGGCACUGGCCGUACUGGUCGCCGGAGAAGGCUCAGAAGCAUCCAGACGAGCUGCUGCGGGCACGGUUAAAUUAUUACGAUUCGAACAAGAGUUUGGUCGAGCAUGAUCUGUUCAGUUUGGCGGAUGGUUUGGAAGGACGCAGCACCAAUCCUGUUUCGUUGCUGCUCGACAGUUUGCAGCAUCCGUGUGCCGAUUUGGGUAUGGAUCUACCUUCCAUGGUCGAGUACCGGUACCACCCGGAAAAGGAGAUUGACCAUCUCGUACUGGGACGGGGACCACCGGGCGGUUCCUGGCAUCGAAUGGAUCCAAACCUGCGCACACUCUCGCUCGCCGCCUGGAUGUCCCUACCCGGUCUACCGUUCGCGGAAUGGGAAUCACGCCAUCCGCCGGUGGAGGCUGUUGACGAAUCUGCUCAACCGUUGAAACCGAUUGCGUCCGAGCCGGUGCCGUGUUGUGCCAGGUGUAAUGAGCUGGCAAAGCGCAUGAAGCGUAGCGGACAGAAAGUGCCCUUAAUCAAGUGUAGCAAAUGUUAUCGCAGCGGAACGCACACGGACGGUAACAAUAACAUGAGCAGUGCGGAAGGAAAUGGCAUUUCUGGGGAGCAGCAGCAGCACAGCGACGGCGGUGGCAAUGUGGUGGCCGUGCUAGACGAGCGCAGUGGCAAAGUGAACGUGAAGUUGCUCUACCCACCGCGCAGGAAUCUUUCGCUGAAGCGACAAGUUUCGAAGGAGGUCGAAACGCGUGCCCUAAUAUCUAGUGUCGCACAGUACUACGAAAGCUACGUGGCGGAAAUGGGUCUCGAGCGGUACUUUAUGAACGAAACGAUUGUGACCACGGUUGUGCCGCUGGAUGGGAAGUGUGAAGCGGCGCUGCCGGAACGUUUCCGGAUAGGCCGGUGGAUUGUGGCUGGCUUCAACCGAAUGACAAACAAACGCUUCACGAUCGUUUGCAAUAAUCUCGUGCUGGCGAAUGGUGCUUCCGAUCUUGCGAACCGAUUGGGCGUGAAAGGCGAAGGUUUGGAGAUGCCGUGGGUAAAGUACGAACUGCCACAUCUCGAACGUGCGCUGGAAAAGUACGACGAACAGGCUCGCACGCAGCUAAAACCGGUGUUGAUCGUCGGUGCAGGGCUUAGUGCGGCCGAUGCGGUCACCAUUUGCCGGUCGUCCGGCAUUCCUGUGGUUCAUGUGUACCGGAACCGGACGGCUGGAUUGGACAAGAUGCUGCCCGGAAACGUGUACCCCGAGUACCACGAGGUGCACAAGAUGAUGAAGGACUCGAACCGCAAGCAUGAGCUGUACACUCCGUUACCCGAGCACACGAUAGUGGACAUAGCCAUCGGAGGUGAUUCGCGGCGCGUGACCGUGCAACACCUGAAGACGGGUGAACGGCGUGAGCUAGACGUAUCGUACUGUGCAAUACUGAUCGGUUCCCGGCCCGAUCUACGCUUCAUCUCGUCGAUAACGGGUGCAAAAAGUACGAAUGGAUCCAGCACCGAAGCACCCAACCCACCGCCGGUGCUAAUCUCCUGCCCCGAUUCGGAAACGGACGACGAAACGGCCCUUAACCAUUGCUUUGGCCGACAACCGGUCCAACCGCUAACGAUGUGGAUGUUUACGGAGCAGCUGCUAUCCUCGUGUCUUGGCCGGAAGCUUUUCUGGUUGAAGAACAUGUGUGCCAAAUGCAAACACAUCAACCUCACCGAUAAACCCCGCCACAAGCAGCAACAUCUACAGUACAAUGUGCUAAAUGUGGCCCUCGGUGGCCACUGUCCGCACCAGCAGGAUGAGAAAACCGGCCUAAACCUGAGCGCUGCCUCCGGUAUGGGCCUCGGGGAAGAUCCAGCGAAACCAAUCGACUGCAAAAACAAUCCAAUCGACGUGGAUAAAUACACGAACGCGGUGUUGCGAACGUCACACGCCGGACUGUACGCGAUGGGACCACUGGUGGGGGAUAACUUUGUGCGCUUCAUACCCGGCGGUGCACUCAGUAUUACGGCCGCACUGCACAAGCGUACGGAAAACGAUUGA